GGCUGGGGCCAUGCGCUGAUUGGCUGCGGGGGGUUGAAUGUAAGAUGGCGCCCAGGGAGCUGUGAGGGGAAAAGACUCGGGGCCGAGGCGGCGGCGGCGGCGCGAGGCGACGGCGGCAGCGGGGCCGGGAACGUUACAAGUCUAAGAGCUCAGGACAAGAGCAGCAGAAAUACAUGCAACAUGGUGACUGGAACCCUGAGGACCUUGCAAUAUGAAUAAUUCUCUGGAGAACACCAUUUCCUUUGAAGAAUACAUCCGUGUGAAGGCUCGAACGAUCCCCCAGCACAGGAUGAAGGAGUUUCUGGACUCCCUUGCUUCCAAGGGGCCAGAAGCUCUGCAGGAAUUUCAGCAGACAGCCACCACCACAAUGGUGUAUCAGCAGGGUGGCAACUGCAUUUACACAGACAGCACAGAGGUGGCUGGGUCUCUGCUUGAACUUGCUUGUCCUGUGACAACCAGUGUCCAGCAGCAAACUCAGCCAGAGCAGCAGAUACAGGUUCAGCAACCCCAGCAAGUCCAGGUUCAGGUCCAGGUCCAGCAGUCACCGCAGCAGGUCUCCGCCCAGCAGCUCUCUCCACAGCUCACUGUCCAUCAGGCUUCAGAGCAACCGAUACAGGUCCAAGUGCAGAUCCAAGGCCAGGCGCAGCAGCAGGCGUCUCAGACAAUACAGAGUCAGUCUCUUCAGAGCCCCAGCCCGUCUCAGCUGCAGGCAGCUCAAAUCCAAGUGCAGCAUGUGCAGACUGCCCAGCAGAUCCAGGCUGCAGAGAUCCAGGAGGAGCACAUACAACACCAGCAGAUCCAGGCCCAGCUUGUGGCGGGACAGGCCAUUACUGGUGGCCAGCAGAUACAGAUCCAGACAGUUGGGGCACUAUCACCUCCACCUUCUCAACAAGGCUCCCCACGAGAGGGAGAGCGGCGGAUCAGCACUGCUAGUGUCCUUCAGCCAGUGAAGAAACGUAAAGUGGAUAUGCCUAUUACUGUAUCGUAUGCUAUUUCAGGGCAGCCAGUUGCCACAGUGCUGGCCAUUCCUCAGGGCCAGCAGCAAAGUUAUGUCUCUUUAAGGCCAGACUUGUUGACAGUGGACAGUGCCCACCUGUACAGUGCCACUGGGACCAUUACUAGCCCCACUGGAGAGACUUGGACCAUCCCUGUUUAUUCUGCCCAACCACGUGGUGACCUUCAGCAGCAAAACAUAACCCACAUCGCCAUCCCUCAGGAGGCCUACAAUGCCGUCCACGUCAGUGGCUCGCCAACAACACUGGCUACCGUGAAGCUGGAAGACGACAAGGAUAAGAUGGUGGGAAGUACUUCAGUAGUGAAGAACUCUCACGAGGAAGUGGUGCAGACUCUUGCUAAUUCGCUCUUUCCAGCGCAGUUUAUGAAUGGCAACAUCCACAUUCCAGUGGCAGUGCAGGCUGUGGCAGGGACAUACCAGAACACAGCACAGACAGUGCACAUAUGGGACCCGCAGCAGCAACAGCAGCAGCCCACACCCCAGGAGCAGGGGCAGCAGCAGCAGCAGCUACAAGUCACUUGCUCGGCUCAAACUGUUCAGGUUGCUGAAGUUGAACCACAGCCGCAGCCACAGACUUCACCUGAACUUCUGCUUCCAAACUCUCUGAAGCCAGAAGAAGGGCUUGAAGUAUGGAAGAGCUGGGCACAGACCAAGAAUGCAGAGCUGGAAAAAGAAGCCCAAAAUAGGCUAGCACCUAUUGGAAGACGUCAGCUGCUGAGGUUCCAGGAAGAUCUCAUCUCUUCAGCUGUGGCUGAGCUGAAUUAUGGUCUAUGCUUAAUGACACGAGAAGCUCGGAAUGGUGAUGGUGAACCCUACGAUCCAGAUGUGCUCUACUAUAUCUUCCUGUGUAUUCAGAAGUAUCUCUUUGAAAAUGGCCGAGUAGAUGACAUCUUCUCAGAUCUCUACUAUAUUCGGUUCACUGAAUGGCUGCAUGAAGUUCUGAAGGACGUACAGCCCCGUGUUUCCCCUCUUGGUUAUGUCCUCUCCAGUCAUGUAACAGAAGAGAUGCUGUGGGAGUGUAAGCAGCUAGGAGCUCACUCCCCUUCCACCUUGCUCACUACACUGAUGUUUUUUAAUACAAAGUACUUCCUGUUGAAAACAGUAGACCAGCACAUGAAGCUGGCCUUCUCCAAGGUGUUGAGGCAGACCAAGAAGAACCCUUCUAACCCCAAGGACAAAAGCACGAGUAUCCGCUAUCUGAAGGCUCCUGGUGGCAUACACCAGACAGGACAGAAAGUUACAGAUGACAUGUACGCAGAGCAAACUGAGAACCCAGAGAACCCCCUGAGGUGUCCGAUAAAGCUAUAUGACUUCUACCUCUUCAAAUGCCCCCAGAGUGUGAAAGGCCGGAAUGACACGUUUUACUUGACACCGGAGCCAGUGGUGGCCCCCAACAGCCCUAUCUGGUAUUCCAUCCAGCCGAUCAGCAGAGAGCAGAUGGAGCAGAUGCUCACCCGGAUCCUGGUGAUACGAGAGAUUCAGGAAGCUAUCGUGGCUAAUGCCAGCACCAUGCACUAAGGCAUCCUUCUUGGCUCAGAAGGGGUGGGAUGGGUAACAGGGGAGGGACAAGCAAAGAUAAAUUGUACAGACUUUUACACUAAAGGAGAUGCCUAAGUUUUUGGUUUUUUAUUGGUGUAGUUAUGAAGCCCUUUUAGGCUUCUUCUCUUUAAAAGAAUCUAAAGGAAAACCUACCCAUUGUGUAUCCUACCCAACACACCAAACUGUUGGAACCAUUGGAGGCUGCAUAUCCCCUGCAAGCUGGGAGCUGUGGAAAGCUGCUGGUUGACUCUGGUUUUUUUAUGAUGUAGAAAACAUGAACUACAGGAUUGGUCUGGAUGGCUGGGGCCGUUGUCUCCCUGGAGCACGUGCAGCCUAGAGGGCACAGAAUGAUGGAUGGACCUGCUCAGCCAGUGGAGGAGAGGCAGGCAUCUUCUUUUCUUGUGCUUGGACGUUAAUUUGCUGUUAUCUUGGAAGGAAGAGGAGAGAGUGAACUGCAAUUGUGAUUUAUACAAAAAAAAAAAAUACAAACAAACCAACCACAAACCAACGAUUUCUAUUCAGACCUUUAAGUGACAUUUUUAGAUGUUAAAAGUACAAACUUUACCACACUCUUCUUUUUUGGCCUGACGUUGAGGCCUUAAACCUUGAGGCUCCUGUGCCUGAUGGAAUUCUUGUAACAUACACUUGUGUAUCAUAUAAAGAUACCACCCUGUUUCUCUUAUGUAUUCUUACUCUAGUUGUUUAUUAAGAAUGACGAGCACGUCUUUUCAACA